AUCUUUGAGCCCAGAAUCUUCUCUCUUCUGCAGCUCCUGGACAGACUGGCUUUGCCCAGCCCCAUGGACACCACCCCUGGCCCGUGGAAUCCGACCCAGGCUUCCAUCAGCAGCCCUUCCUUACUGCUUCCCACCCCUGCUAUCGUCUUCAUCACUGUGGGCAUCUAUUUGUCGCUGCUGGGCCUAGUGCUGCUGACUAGGCGCUGUCUGCUGGCCCAGGGCUGCUGCACAGACUGCAGCUCCCCUUGCAGGAAACAAGGUGCCUCAGAGACCCAAGACUGUUGCUGGAGCUGUGCAGAAGCCUGCGACUUCCCCCUGCCCAGUCCCUCCCACUACCUGGAUGCCUGCUGCCCUCAUCCCAGUGAAGCUGGUUGGGCCCCUCCAUGCCCUCACUGCUGCCCACUGUGUGACUGUGCCUGUGCCUGCCAGCUCCCAGACUGCCAGAGCCUCAACUGCCUCUGUUUCGAGAUCAAGCUCAGAUGAGAGAUGGGGUUGGGGGCCUUGUUCUUUGGGGAGUGGCCAGCCCCCAGGGCCCCCUCUAUAAUGACCCUCAGGACACCACUACUAGGGCACUGGAGCUAUGUAUGUAUGGCAGGCCCAGCCUGGGAACCUUGAGUGGAGGGCUUGGUUCCCUGAAAGGCAGGAUUCUGAGAGCUUUUGGACAGCUGUAAAGGGCCUG